AUGUCGACCGCGAUCUGCCAGAGCGAGCGCGAUGAGACGGUCCGGCGUCUCGCGGAGAGCCUCUACAGCAUCGCUUUCUUCCGGGAAGGGCAGAAGAUCGUGUCCGAAGAUGUAGCGCGGGACCUCGCGGCGACGAUUGAGAAGAAGGCGUACGCGGCCGCCGAGGUGUCGUCGAGCACGACCACGGGCGAGCGUCCGAAGCACGAGGUAGUCUCGCUCUACUCGAAGAAGGUCGGCCAGCUCGUCGUCGAGGCCAUCACGCAGGGCGCAUCCCUCCCCGCCGCCAGCGGGGCCGCGGGCGUCCAGGUCAGCGCGGCGGGCGAGAUCCUCGACCUCUCCCAGGGCGAGCGCGAGUUCUACGACGCCGCGGGCGCCCGCGCGGCCCUCGCCCCGCUCCUCACGCCCCACACCAACAUCACCAGCGUGUGUUUCUCGACCAAGUCGUUCGGCGCCGAGGCCGCGGCCGUCGCCAAGGAGGCUCUGCACAACGCCCGCGCGUCCCUCGUCGACGCGAACCUCUCCGACGUCAUCGCGGGCCGCCCCGAGGCAGAGGCCCUCAACACGCUCGCGGCAAUGGCUGAGGGCCUCGCGGAGUGCCGGCUGCGGUCCGUGAACCUCUCGGACAACGCCCUUGGCGAGAAGGGCAUCCGGCGCGUCGCAGACGUGUUUACGAAGCAGGAGGCGCUCGAGGCGAUCACGCUGGAGAACGUAGGGUUGUCGGUGUACGCGUGCCGCGCCCUGGACGAGCUCGUGGGCCCGCGCGCGCAGUCGCUGAAGAAGAUCCACUUGCACAACAACAUGAGCGGGGACGAGGGCGCCGAGGCCAUCGGGAACCUGCUGUCGCGCGCGCCGCAUAUGCAGGACUUCAAAAUGGUGUACUGCCGCGUGGGGGGCGCCGGAGGCAUCGCGUUGUCCAAGGGCCUCGCCGCCGGCUCCAGCCUCACCCACGUCGACCUCCACGGCAACCCGAUGGGGCCGUCGAUGGCGCCGGCGCUCGCGAGCGCGCUGUCGCACCAGCAGGACCUCCGCGUGCUGCGGCUGCAGGACACGUUGUUGGAGGACGAGGGCGUGGCGCACGUGUGCCGCUCGCUGGCCCGCACCGCGCCGUACCUCGAGGAGCUCGACCUCUCCCUGAACGAGAUCACGGCGGGCGGGAGCCAGGCGGUGGCGAUGUGCCUGAUGGGGAAGCCGUCGCUGCUGCGGUUGAUUCUGCGCGAGAACGAGCUGGGCGACAAGGGCACGGCGCAGGUGUGCCGGGCGCUGAAGAGCAACGAGACGCUCAAGGUGCUGGAUUUGUCGGAGAACCAGAUCCGGGGCCCGGGGGCGGAGGACGCGGCGGCGCUGGUGGCGGGGCGCGCAGGGUUCGAGCGGCUGGAGCUGGACGGGAACUGGAUCGAGGACGAGGUGGUGGCGAAGGUGCGGGCGGUGCUGGCGGCGGGCGCGAGCGGCGACGUGCUGGGGAGCAUGGACGAGAACGACGCGGACAUGGCGGACGACGACGAGGACGCGGACGAGCUCGCGGAGGGGAUGGCGAAGAUGGGCGUGUGA